UUCAAAAAAUAUUUCAGAUUCACGAAAUGCUUCUCGAUUUAAUCAAUUCCUUCCCAAAUAUUUCCAAUCUUGUUGAUGCUUUAAGCGAAGGGGGAUUAGCCCAAUUACAACGAAAAAAUGCGGAUUCAGUCCCUCGGGAUACUCUGUCAAGUCAACUAGAUUUAUUAGAAGCACAUUUUGUUUCAUUAAAUUCAAAAAUGGCUGCAGCAGAAAAGGUGGAUAUUAAAAAUGAAGAAAAGAAGAAAUCUUGUGAAGAAAAUAUUAAAGCAUCAUUUCAUUCUACUUUGGAUAGUUUACACCAUUUGGCAUUAAGUAUUGAAUCAGCACAAAUGUUAUCAUUAAUUCAAUGCCUUAGAAACAAAAAUGAUUGUCAAACUUUUUUUCAUUUGCAAUUGAGACAUGAUGCUCUUCUUUCGCAAGCAAUAACAUUAGCAACAACUUCACUUCUUUUAUUAAUUUAUUCUUCAAAAAAUUUAAUUAAUUUAAAUUAUUCAAAAACAAAUGUAACACCUUUAUUAAUUAAUUUUUCUUUUUUGAGUUGUUAUGGGGAUGAACACGGAAUGAUUGAAGAUGCUUUUGACAUGUGGCAAUUAUUCCAUGAUGUAGCCCAGUUUAGGUUUAUUCCAACAAAUUCAUCGAUUAUCCAAACAUGUUUUCCACAAAUUGAAGGAUUUCGAACAAAUAUAAAAAUUUCAAUACCUUUGCCUUCCGAAAAAAUUGUAGAAUUACCCAAAGGAAUGUCAAAAGGGGAAUGGUUUUGUCCGAAAAUUAUUUACUGGAAUUUGGGUGUAAAUCAUGAAGCAUCAUUAGCAGCAAGUUCUGUUGGAGGGGGAAAUAAUUCUUUAGAAGAAAUGAUUAAUAGAACAGCAUUAAAACAAUUAGAUGAAUAUAUUUCUAUUUUAUUGUUAACUUCAAGUAUGGAUUUAAAUUGUGUUGAAGCAGUUAAUAGAUUAAUGGGUGAUCUUAGAGAAACGGUUUCAAUAAAUGCUUCAAAAAAGAAUUUGACAAUAUUUAAGCUUGUAAUGGAAAUUACUCGAAUUUUGUCUGGUAUUUCUAUUUUAUCCUGUCAAAGUGGAAAGGAUCGGACUUCAAUGGCUUUGACUUUAGAGGAGGGGAGGAUUUUGAAGGAAACUUGUGGAAUUUCUAAUCAACAGAUGCUGGAAAUAAUUUCUUGUUUACGCAAAGAAGGUGUUAGACGUGAAAAUUGUCGAAAAAAUGUUGGAAAGCCUCUAUACAAAUUUAGCCCUUUUCAAAUGAAUUUUUUACCAAAAGAAUUUAGACCUCCUAUGGGUACUUUUACUAAUUUUGUUUCUACUUAG